AUGGGUCGAGCACCGACAAGCGGGUAUUGCCAAACCUGCCGAAGACGUCGAGUAAAAUGCGACCGAGGUUUUCCAUCUUGCCAAAGGUGCCUCAAGUCUGGGCAUUCUUGCGGCGGAUAUGAGAUGCCCUUGAGGAUGGUCAACUAUAGCGUCGCUCGCGGCCCACAAUCAGCUUUACAAAGAACCCCCUCUAGUUCUCGGCCGUCAUGGAUGCAUAGCACCUCAAGCCUUAGCUAUGCAUCCGAACUCAGGUUAGUAGCUUUUGAUGGCCAGAUAUCACUCGACUACUUCCUCGCUAGCUACACCUGGGCGCACUGGUGGAAGUCGAUCAUAAUCACCGCAUUGCAGGGCGAUACUACCUCUGCUAGCUACAUAGCUUCCAGGUCUCUCCUCAUGGGACAUCUCGGCGUCGGGAAUUCUGAUGCAAAACUGCAACAACGAAGCAUGCAGCUCUAUGGACAGAGCAUGCGCCUUGUGUCGUCGAGCUUGGACGUAUACCAGAGCUCAGUCCUUGCUGAUUUGAUCCUCCCAGUCAUGAUUCUGGGCAUGUACCCCUCAGUCAAGUUGGAGCAUAAUCCGGGCUUAGGCCUUAUCACCAGAAAUUGUGGCCCCGACUGCAACCAAGACGACAAAACUAUUUCCAUGUUCAGGUCUUGCAGAUCGAUGCUUAUAUGCACUGCCCUUGCGAAACGAUGCCGAACGUUCUUGGAAGAAGACGUCUGGAAGUCAGCGCCCUUCCGAGCCACCCAUAAAACCUGCAUGGAUAGACUCUAUGACAUAACUUCGAGUCUCCCCGGGCUAUCCGAAGAGGUCCUGGGUGGGCGCAAUCGACAGCCUGAGCAGGUAGUUGAUGAUGUCGCAAAAGCAGAAACUCUACACCGAGAGCUCCGAGCUUGGCGAUAUGACUGGGGACGAAUCAACCCUGGAGCAGCAACAGUGUCGACGGUUUCUGACCCCUCAGAGAUCGCCUCUUCACCAGAAACCGUGCUAGUCAGACGCCUCCUAUGCCGGCAGAUCCGAUUCAAGAGCCUUGAUCAAUCACUCGAGAUCUUCAACUACAACGCCGCCCUAGUGUAUCUAUACCGGGUGCAGGAACUCCUGCGGUCCCGAACCUCUGGGUCCAUGCAUCUCGAUGUGGCCCAUAUCGAAAGUCAGCUGCGGGACAGAGAAACCUCGUCACCCCUCCUGUUGCCAAAUGAACUUGGGCUGCCCUGUCAGCCAGCUCUAGAAGCCGCCCAGCAGUGCGCUUACAUAGCAGCAGAGUUAAAGACAAGCGUAGCGGCGAAUUUUAUUGCCCUCGCGCCGGUCGGCAUACUCUACUGUGCCCUGAAAAGUAUGGGACCUCUGGGAGAGUGCUUGGCAGCGGCUGUCGCAGACAUAUUUUCUGCCACGCCAGCGCUUGAUCAGCUGGAGGUGUUUGGGAUCUGGGAUAUAUUGGAUACUACAAAAGCAACGGCGGCUUGA